UUCCUCCUCGCCGAUUGCUCCAUCGGCUUCGGCCGCUCCGCUCUCGGCGGCAAAAACGGCCUCAUCUACACCGUCACCGAUUCCUCCGACUCCGAUCCCGCCAACCCCCUCCCCGGCACUCUCCGCCACGCCGCCAUGCAAACCUCACCCCUCUGGAUCAUCUUCGCCUUCGACAUGUACAUUCGCCUCAACCAAGAACUCCUCGUCAACAGCUUCAAAACCUUAGACGGACGCGGCGCAAACAUCCACAUCGCGGGCGGAGCCUGCAUCACCCUCCAAUUCGUCUCCAAUGUCAUCAUCCACAACCUUCACAUCCACGAUUGCGUCCCCUCCGGAAACGCCAUCGUCCGAUCCUCUCCAACCCACGCCGGAUUCCGCGGCAGAUCGGAUGGCGAUGGAAUCUCGAUCUACGCCGGACGCGACAUAUGGAUCGAUCAUUGCGAUCUCUCCAACUGCGCCGACGGGCUUAUUGAUGCAAUAAUGGGAUCGACGGCGAUCACGAUUUCCAAUUGCUACUUCUCGAGGCACAAUGAGGUCAUGCUUAUGGGUCACAGAGACGAUUACCUGCCGGAUUCGGGGAUGCAGAUCACCAUCGCCUUCAAUCGAUUUGGGGAGAAACUGGUUCAGAGGAUGCCGAGGUGCAGGCGUGGGUAUUUUCAUAUUGUGAACAAUGAUUACACGGAAUGGGAGAUGUACGCCAUUGGUGGCAGCGCCAAUCCCACCAUUAAUAGCCAGGGGAAUCGAUACAGAGCUCCCCCUGAUCCAAAUGCCAAGGAGGUGACGAAGAGAAUAGAGACGGAUGAGGAAGAGUGGAAGGAGUGGAAUUGGAGGACGGAGGGAGACAUGCUGGUCAACGGCGCUUACUUCGUGCCGUCGGGAGAGGGCUCGGCGGCGACGUACGAGAAAGCCUCCAGCCUGGACCCCAAGUCCGCUCAGUUCAUCGACCAGCUCACCUGCAACGCCGGCGUGCUCGGUAGCCCCAGAAUUGAGGGGCGUGCAUGUAAAUUUCCCGGCUUUGUUGGGCAGGUGACGAAGAGAAUAGAGACGGAUGAGGAAGAGUGGAAGGAGUGGAAUUGGAGGACGGAGGGAGACAUGCUGGUCAACGGCGCUUACUUCGUGCCGUCGGGAGAGGGCUCGGCGGCGACGUACGAGAAAGCCUCCAGCCUGGACCCCAAGUCCGCUCAGUUCAUCGACCAGCUCACCUGCAACGCCGGCGUGCUCGGUAGCCCCAGAUAUCCGUUCAAAGGACUUGAUGAUUGUUUGGUGAUAAGGACUCAGAGCCAUCUGAAGAGCCUUUAUACUUCUAUGAGGCGUCUGAUGACACUGGAGAUCACUCCCCCAUUCGCGAUCGCGAUCUCCCGCGCCCGAACCCGCCUUCCCGCUCUUGAUGUUCGCGAAACCUGUUCCCGCCUCCCUCAGUUUCGUGAAUCGGCCCCCGAUCCCACUUCUGAUCGCGAAGAGUCGCGUCCCUUCGCUAGAAACCACUCUCGCCUCCUCUAUUUCGGGAAGUGA